AUGACGAUCGACAGUUGCAUACAAUGUGGUGAGACACCAAAAUACAAGUGUCCAACGUGCAGACAACCUUAUUGUUCAGUGUUGUGCUGCAAACUUCACAAAGAAAAGCCUUGUGCACCGCCACAGCAUGAUGUAGAAAACGACUUGCCAAACUCAUCUACUUCUAAUUACGAAUUUCCAACUGAAGAUACAGUACCCAUAGAGAAGCUAAAUUUAUUAGAACAAUCAAAAGAUGUAAAGACUUGUUUAGAGAACCCACACUUGAGACAAAUCCUUAUGGAGUUAGAUAAAUCCCCUCACCCUGAUGAACUGAUGAAAAAAUACAUGCAAGAGCCUAUAUUUACUGAGUUUGUUGACGCUUGUCUUAACAUUGUGCAAAACACAUGA